GUUUUUCGAUUAUAAUAAUAAUAUAACAUAAUAUAAGCAUACUGAAUAUAUAUUACGCAUAUUUUUGUAGCGAUAACAGUGAGGGAAAAAAACUCACUUGUUUUUUCAAUCGUUCUCUGUCUCUCAAAAUUUGGAUAGUUACGUCAAAAGGAAAAAGAGAGAAAAGCCAAAACAUUGUGUUUUUGUGCUUAUUUUGUGUGUGUAUGUGUGUGGAGAAUUAAAUGCAUACUUUCUAUAAAUAACUUUUGAGUAUAAUUGUGCAUGUGGCAAUCGAUAAUAGUGAGAAGAAAUAAAGAUUUCAAAAAAUCCUAUCAGGAAUAAUGAACUAUUAUUGAUUAUCUAUCAAAUUUUUGAUCGGGAAUUUCAAAGAAAUGACUGUUAACGUGAUAAAAAUAAUAAAUCUUAAAUCAAAUUUCCCGUUUACUCGACUAAACGAUUCUCUAUUUCAAUAAAUUACUGUUAUUAUUACUAUUAUUCCACACUCCUCCUAAAUCACCAUGCUGUACAAUCAUCUUGAAGAUCAGGAUCAGUCUUUGUGUAAUUCUUUAUCAUCAACAUCAACUUUAACACCUCCGUCAGUGAUCCUUCAUCAUCAUCACCAACAUCAACAUCAUAAUCAACAACAACAACAACAGUAUCACCACCAUCAUUCUCAGACAGAGUUACAAGUUCCACAUACACCGCAUCUUGGAAAUCAUCGAGACAGUCAACAACAUCCUGUUCCACUUCCUCACCAUCAUCAUCAUCAUCACGAUCCUCUUCACUCUCAUCAUCUUCAUAGCCAUUCUGAUCAGUAUGAUGAGAUGUGUCAUUCCAAUCCAUCAUCGUUAAUCUAUGACAAUGUUAUGCUAUCAUCAUGGAAUCAAAAUAACACCAAUAUUAGUAGCACAACAUCGUUACCAUCGUCACUGACUUCAAAUUCUUUAAUGUUGAUCACAUCGCCUAAAAGCGUUUUAUCUCAAUCAGAAGAUCUUAUAAAUGAGCCAAAUAUAAAUUUAUUAAGUCAAAAUGUCUUAUGUCAACAACACACUCAUCAUUCUCAUCAUCCCCACCAUCUGCAUUAUCCUUUCCAUCUUUCUACUUACCACCAUCAACAACAACAACAAGAGGAACAGCUUCAAAAUAAUCGAAUGAAUAAUAUUCACUCAGAACAUUUGCAUUCAUCUCAUAACCAAUGCGGAUUAGUACAAUUACCGGAUAUUGUUAAUUCAGAUAGUGGAGGAGGGAGAAGACGAAGAACAACUAUGAAUUCAUGUCCACCGUCUAUAUCAGAGACAUUAUUAAUGACAACCGGUGAGAUUAUACUACCUACUAGUACAUCAGAUGCUGAAACAUUACCAACACCAACGCCACAACAGUCACUAGUUAAUCAAUAUCCACAAUAUCAUUUAAGUAAUAAAUACUUAUCAGUAGAAAAAUUUGAAAAUCUUUCUCCAUAUACUACUACUACUACUACUACUAUAAAUACUAAUGAGGAUGAUGGUAAUAAUAUGAAUGGUAAUUUACCAAUGAUUACUACUCAGUCAUUCACAUCACCUUCGUUGUCAAUGACAACGACGACGACAACAACAACAACAACAACAUCGCCAUCCACAUCAUCAUCAUCACCAUUGCUAUUAUCAACUCUACCAACAUUGUUUCAAUCCAAUUGUAAUAGAAAUCGAUAUAUUUAUUAUAAACAUUUAAAUCAUCGCAACUCUAUAACAAAUACACAAAAAUUAACAAAUAAUUUGAAAGUAUUCAAUGGAAAAUAUCAUUCAGGUACAUUUCUAUUCAAUAAUGGUAAUAAUAAUAAUAACAGCAAUAACAGUGGUAGUAGUAGUGAUUGUAUAAAUAGCAUGACUUCACCGAUAACACCAAUGUCAAUGACACAACAACAUAGAGCAACACUUUGUGCUUUGAAUUUAAAAGACAGAAAACCGUGUGAUAUAUGCGGUGAUGUAGCUGCUGGAUUUCAUUGUAAUGCAUAUGUGUGCGAAGCCUGCAAGAAAUUUUUUAUUCGUAGUUCUAAAGGAGAGAAUUUCAGUAAAUACACAUGUACAAAAUCGAAUACAUGUGAAAUUAAUAAAGAUACUCGUACACACUGUCAACGUUGUCGUUAUCAAAAGUGUAUACAAUUGGGAAUGGUAUUACCGGGAGCUGCUGUGUUUCCGGUUACUGAUAUAUCAGAAAUACCAUGUCGUGUUUGUGGAGCAAAAUCAUCAGGUUUUCAUUUUGGUGCAAUAACAUGCGAAGGCUGUAAGGGUUUCUUUCGAAGAACAAUCAAUGAGCGAGAAAGUCAACGUUAUACAUGUAGAAAUGGAGGUAAUUGUGCUGUUACCGGUGCUACAAGAAAUAACUGCAAAAGUUGUAGAUAUCGUCGAUGUUUAGCUGUGGGAAUGUCAAAAGAUGGCAGUCGUAUUGGUCGUCAACCAAAUGCUAUAAAACAUCGUUGUGCUGUUGAAAUCGAACAAAUUAGAUCAGCUAUAUCUAAUUCAGGCAUACAUUUAAAACAGCAUUCAAUGUCCAAUUGUUCAACAGUAUCAAAUUAUAAUUUUUUAUCACCUACACCAUCAUUAAAUAAUUUAUCACAUCAAUUAAUUCAAACAGAUCCAUUGAACCAGUCACAAUAUAAGAUUGAUAAUCACAGGGAAAUGGUCAAUUCAAGUCACAAGUAUUGUUUAAAUAAAUCAAUUCCGCCAAUUUCUUCUCAUGUCACACAUUUAAAUACGUUUUCAUAUCAACCAACAGUAACAGCAUCAGAAAUGAAUAUUAAUCUAUGCCAUAUGCAACAAGGCAAUAAAUCGUGUCAAGUAAUUGAUGAUAUUAAAGAAAUAACAACAACAACAAUAAGCUCUACAUCAAGUCAAACAAUAUCUCAUCCGUAUAACAACAUAAGUGAACAACAAUUCUAUGAGAAUAAAUAUCAAACUAGUCAGAAUAAUGAAAUAUUCAAUUCUACACCAUUAUCAACAUUGUCUAAAGGUGCUACAGGUGAUUGUGAUGGGAUGAUACCAGUAGCCACCCAAUCAGAUGCUGUUACAUGUUUAAAUAAACAAAAAGAAUUCAAUGAAUUAAUCCAUAAUGAUUAUUCAUCAAUUGGUUUAAUAAAUUUAUCCAGAGCAGCACAAUUUUAUAGUCAACACGAGAAAGACUUACAAAUACAAUAUGAGAAUAAUUUAAAAACUCAUUCUCCUUUAUAUAAAGAUAAUUUAAUAAAGUCAAAAAGAAAUAACUCUGGUCCUGCUACUACGACUGGUACUAUUAACCACAACAUUGACAGUAGUGACCAUGAUAAUGAAUACAGAAAAUCAAUAAAAGAUAAAGAGGAUAAUGAACAUUUGCCUUAUGAAAAUAUACAAGUGAAAAAAGAAUUUAGCCAGUGGAAUGAUAAUAUAGCGAUAACACCAACACCAACCAAUGAGGCACAGUCACCAAUUAAACAAACAACAAUGAAUUGGAAUAUUGAACAAGGUGAAGUAUUGAAUUCAGUGGUUCAAUCUAAUUCAAAACAGAUUAUACCUUAUUUAAUGAAGGUAAAUCCUAAUUUAACAAUAAAUGAAGACAGUUAUCUUCAUGAUUGUGAUAAAUUAAAUGAAAAUUUUACUUUAAAACAAAUAAAAGUUGAUGAAACAACAACAAAAAUAUCAUCACCAACAUCACUGUUUAUAGGAAAUGAUUCAUCAUCUAAACAAAAUCAUUCAUCAUUUCCUUCAACAUUGAAAUUAGACUGUUGUUUAAACUCUAAUCAGUUGCAAAAUUUAAAUUUAAUACAUGAGAAUAAACUUAACGGUUCAAAAACAUGUGGACAGCCUAAUCCAUUCCAAUUCAUAGAGAUAGAUAGUGCACAAAUAAUGCCUAUAAAUCAUGUAAAUAAAUAUCUGGAUUCAUCAAAUAUUAAUCGGUAUAAUCUUAAUGGUAAUAAUGAAAACACAGAAAGUGACAACUGUUCAGCUAAUUUUUAUCGAGAGUGUGGUGGAAUGUGUCCUCUUUCUACAAACGAAUUACUAGAUAAUAUGAAUAACCUAAAUAAUAGCAAUAAUAUUAAUUCAAUAAAUCGAGAUCAAUUUGACUCCUCAUCAUUAAACUAUUUUAAAUGCAAAAAUUUUAAUAUACCACAGUCACUUAUUUCCUCAGGUAGUCAUUAUCUUGCCCCGUCGAAAGCAUUUUUAGAUCGAUAUACAUCUUCUUCAAUCAAGUCAAAACCAAAAAAUUCUGAACGGAAUCAUAAUAGCACUGAUGCUGAUGAUAAUCAUCAAAACAUGCCAAAAUUCCAUCAAUUUAACUUAGCUACUAAUAAAAAUAUGAGUAGUAUGAAUUCAUCUGUAGAAAAUCUAAACCUGGCUAAAUUAAAUCAAGUCAACGGUGACGCAAUUGAUAAUAACAAUAAUCAUCAAAUUAUAAAUAAUAAUAAUAAUAAGCACAAUAGGGAAAUAAUCAUGUCAGAUAUAUCAUCACAAUGGAGUGAUGAUACAAAUUUACACAAGAAGCGAGCAAAUACUUCUAAAGAUUUAAAAGUCUACAUGAUAAAUAAAACAAUGUCAACUGAUCAUCCAGCUGAGUCGUCAAUACUACCAUCAAACAUCAUAACCCAAGACAGAGCUAACUUUCAUUCCUAUUCAAAUCAUAAAGAUGUAUAUACAUUUGAUAUAGAAAUCGACAGAGUAAAGAAGCCUAGAAGAAAGUGUAGACAGGCGAGUGAUAGUAGUAGUAGUGGCAACAGCAGUAGUAUACUUGAAUCCCCAUUAGUUAUCACUGAUAAUCAACUGAACACUUAUGAAGACAAUAACAGGAUUAAUAAUAAUAAUAAUAUAGAGGCAUCUGAUGGCCUACACUCCGAAUCAAUCAGUUCAUGCAAUAAACAAACUGAACAAAGUCAACAUCCACGAUUAUUAAGUCUGCUGGAGAAAAAUGAUUUAGACAUAGAAUUAAUGGAACAAUUGAAAUCAACAAAUCAUUAUACUAUGUUGAAUAGAGGAGGUUUACAUACCUGCUUAGAAGAAUUUCCAAUAUCAAAUAUAAAUUCAAGCAAGUUAUGCUAUUCAUCAUAUGAAUCACCAGCUACUUUUUAUAGUAUUAUUUGUAAUAAUGAAUAUAGCACAGCUAUGAAUAGUGUUGCAAGUAAUAAUAAUAAUAAUAUAAAUACUACAAAUGUAAAUAAAACUCUACCCUUUUCAGCACCAACACCGAUAUCAUCAUCAUCAUCAUCCGCCUCAUCCUCAUCGUCGUCAGUGUCACAGUUGAUUCCAACAGUUAAAAAAGACACUUUCAAUACAUCAGCUUAUCUUAAUUUUUACAUAGAUAAUAAGUACACUAUGGAUGAUAAUGAUGAUAGCACAAUCAACAAAUCUGAUGAUUUAUAUUUUGGACAAAAUUUAUUUGAUAGUCAAAAUUCACAAUUUUAUAUUCAAUGUUCAACUGAUAUUUCAAAUGAAUACAAUGAUACUGUUCAUUAUUUAACGGGAUCGAAUAAUAAUAAUAACAGUAAUAACAAUAGUCGAUUUAUACAAAAUAAUAAAUUCCUACAGCAUAUUAAACAUGCUGCCAAUCAACUGCUUCAUUGUAGAUGCAGAAUAUCACAAAAUUUCAACUUGACAACACAUGAAACUAAACAAAGCGUUGACAUUCUCUGGUUAAAUAUGAUGAAAUAUUUUGAAAAUCAUAUUUAUGAAAUUAUACAUUUUGCCCAAUCAAUUCCAUGUUUUCGUCAGCUUUCGGAAUUCGAUGCGAAAGUAUUACUACAACAAAGCAUUUAUCCAAUUAUAUUAAUUCAACUAUCUCAGGAUUUUAAUAUUAAAACAAAAGAAUAUACUUAUUUUGCCUUAAAUAAUGAUAAUGAAACAAAUUUCAGUCAAUUGUCAAUAUUAAAAAUUUUAAUUGAACAAAUUCAUAUAACAGAAAAACUUCUGGAACCAUUAGAAUUAAAUGAAACAGAAAUAGGUUUAUUGUGUUGUAUGGAAUUAUUUCAAGCAGAUAGAAGAUUGUUAAUUGAACCGUCAAAGGCGGAUGAAGCCUACCAAGAAGUACUUCAUGUAUUCAAAGAAUAUGAAACAAAUCAAUACAGUACAGAUAUACGCUUCUAUAAAAUUUUGGCUAUUCUAACAAAUUUAGAUAAAAUGAAUAAGGAACACCAAAAUGUGUUGAGAAUACUUAAAAAAGAAAAUAAUCCCAUACCAUUUCCUGAUUUGUAUGUUCAAAUUCUUCACCUGGAUGAAUCAGAAUCACUUAUCGAUAAUGGUACUAUUACUACCUUUACUACUACUACUACUAAUAAUAAUGGUGAUGAUUAUCAUUAUGGCAAAAAAUCAAUAUGAGAGACUUUGCGUUCAUUACAAUGAAUGAAUAAACUGAGAAUUGAAUAACAUUACUACUAUUAUUAAUAAUAGUAAUAAUAAUUAAAAAAAGAUAAAUUAAAACACUGUGCAAUUUAUCCCCAUUCCCUUUACCCUUAAAUAAACUCAGGUUUUUGAGUAAUUUACUCCUUAAUAGCACCAUGUACUACUUACUACCUUACUCGUGAGCGUGUGCCAUGCAGGUGGACGGACGAAUGGACAUAAUGUUUUGAAAAGACCAGUAAAAAAAAAACACAACAAAAACCCGGUGUGGUAUAUUUGUUAGAAAAUGGCAGCUUAUUACUGAUAAAGUGUAAACAUGUUGUGUGUUGAGACGAAGCAGUUUAACUUCAAAACAAAACAACAGUGACUUUAUGUUUAUUGUUUCCCUUGAAUUCCCCUGUCCCCUCCCCCCCUGGCCCAAUUUUCUUUUCUGAAAGAAAUAUAUCGAUGGAUGAAGAGACCAGUAGCAGGUUUCGAAGUACGCGUACGCAUACACGUGCUCACAUUGUGACAAAAAAGAAAAGAAUCCCAAACUUAGCCAAUUAUCAUUGUAUUUCAAGGUUUUUUUGUUGUUUAAAUCUUCAUCUUUUUUUCCCGCCUUUCCUACUACGUAUUGUUUAAAUUUGUUCCCUCCUGGGUUUAUAUUACUGUUAUUAUUAUUAUUAUUGUUACUAUUAUUAUAAAAUAUUUAUCUGACUGGCUUUAUUCCCUUCUAUCUGUUGAAUUAUCAUAAAUCUCUGUCUCUCUUUUCUUUUUCAAUCUUGAAAAAAUUAAUCUGUAUCAGGGAAUUUAUUUAUUAAAUAAAU